UUUAAUCAGAUAGUGAUUUAACUUAUUUUUAUUCUCCCUCUCAGUGCCUAUUGACCAAGCGAUUUCUAAUUUUUCGGGCUUGUUCAGUGACGUGGAGUUCGUCGACAUCAAGCGUGCUGUUUAGCGGAUGGUGACCGCCCCUGAGCCAGAACCAGCGGUCAGCAGUGAGGAAGAGCCUACAAAAUAUAUUUUGCUGUCCAGUAGAUUGCUGCAUGAAAAGCUAUACACACUUGGCCUGUUUGACCUGGCCAAGCUUGGCUACCACCAAAAAGUAAUCGGGGAGGAGCAGGUCGUACCAUCUAUUGGGAUGGACGUUAGAAUCAAGAAGCCGCACUUCUAUAUUGCCGCUAGGAUGGGCGGUCAAGGGAAGCAAUAAAACCGUCCGCUCCACGGUAGACCAGAAGGCCUUCUUGUAUGAGAUGUUCGACCAGGGACAGGAGACUGGCCACAAGACGGAUCCCGGCACCGUCUCUCAGAAGAUGCGGUACGCUAGGGGAGUGACAGGGGAACGCCGAUUUAUAAUCAGCGAGUUCCUAACACCGGGCCAAGUACAGGCAUACUUUUCCCGGAAACUAACAAAAAGUAAAAGGUCCGAUGCAACGGCACAGGAUGCGGAGGCAGUAGAGGCUGCGGAGGAGGAAACCGCCUACUUCCGUACGAGAGCUGCCAUCCUAAAUGAAUGCCAACUAAAAUCGACCUGUGCCACUUAUACUCCAGGUCUAGGCUCACUCUCUUUCAGUGGCCACCCUUUCCACUAUCUGCAAAGAGCUAAAACUUCAAGUUCCCCGAGCAACCCGACGCAAAGCUUCUUUUCUUUUGUAGCCGCACUCGUGAAUGUUAUUCAAAGAUGUAGUAGCGCAAAUUCCUCGGGGCGACUAUAAUUUUAACACAGUAACAUAAAUUAAAUUUCUGAGCCUGUUUUGACGACCAGAGUAAGUUUUACAAUAACUUCAAUACUUUCUUUUACUAAAAAGGAGAACAGAUUACGGUGAGAGGCCACAAUAUCACAAAAUGUUAGCGUUCCUUAUAAUUUGUAAGAGUCUAACAAAGACAACACAAGAGUUUAACAAAUCUAGAGGUAUCGCUUGCAAAUUGAAUUAAAACAUAGAAAUCCCCCAUUUUCUUCUUUAAACCGGUUUGUUUUAUUAUUAAUUAUCAGAAUAGUCUUGUUGCAGUUUUGGUGAGCUAUUUUAUGCUACGGGAGCAGCAGUUCUCUCCAAUGAGGAUGCUUCUGUUCGACAUGACCAACAUUGAAUUAUGGAGAAGCUUGGUAUUCCUGCAGGGUGUGAAACAUUGCAGGAGUGGAAAUACAAAACAAGGGUAAAGCAGUCAUUAACUAUAGCAAGUGAUAGCUAUUAGAAGGCAAGGAAGCUAGAGAGUUUGAGCGACAGACAGGGAAGAGAAAACGUCCUGUGCGUAAAAAGGACACGAUUCAUUUAAAAGAACACCUGACCAGCAAAAAGCACCGUUGGUCAAACAAGAAGUACCUAAAAUGGCUGAAUCGAAAGAGGAAAGAUAAGGGGGCGGAGAAAAAAUGCCCUAGGUCCCAUGGAAGGGGGCCCGCAAUGAUAAACAUCUGAAAAAGCGUCCGGGCCACAGCACAACGUCAACAGCUUACGAACUGAGGGCGGACCUUGGCCACAAAAGAAACUCAAGCCCACCUCUGCCAGCCGCUACCAGCCCGCAAAAGCGUGCGAGGCACUACAUUCACGAGGCCAAAAAGGGAGAGCCUUCGAGUUCGAAUGCCCAACUAGCGAAAGCCAAAGGAGUUAUUACCAGUGAAAGCGAUAGCUACAGUGAGAGCAAUCAUGAGCAGCCGGUAACCAGCGAUGACCCAGAGACUUCAAAAAACAAGUCGUUCGAUGAGCGCACCUCUGAUUACAAUGAUGUCCUGCCCUGGAAGAUAAGAGGCAUACACUCAAGGCUCGUUGCUUAUCUUCGGGGGUUUGUUAAAUGGAUUCAAACGACAUAUGGGAAGUCGAAAUCCAGGAGAGAUGCAGUGCCAGCCUCACAGCAGGUAGCUUACCCUGUUCUCGUUCGAUCAAGACUGCAACCGACCACUGUGCGCUACAGAAUUGGUCUGUUAAAUGGGGGCUCUCCUUUAAUACUUUGAAAUGUGAGACCAGUGUGUGAAUACCCCUUUCAUGUGCACGAGCAUUGAAUACCCGGACGGUUGUAAGCCAGUAAAAGAAGUAAAAAGGUGUAAUUGCAACAGGAAUAAACAAAACGAGGACCUGAGAACUCCGCUUGUCUAUGUAAAUUUCUCGCAUUUGGUAUGAUUGCAAUGGAUUAUUUGUUGUAUUCUUCACUAUAUUGACUUGUAAGGCUAGAAACCAGAAGAAAGUGUAUGCCUUUCGUGAAUACUUUGGGAAACUCGCGCAUCCUAGGCCUUUUUGUAGAGAGGGUGAGAAAAUUUUCAAUAACCUACAUACAAGCAUUUUAAGAAAGUCAAGACAAUAUAGGUUAGCCCAGGCCGCUCAAAUCUUAGUUUCAGCGUGAAGAAAGUAAAGAAUCACAUCUAUUAUUAUUAAAGUCAAGCCGGGAAGGAAGACAUUCGAUAAAGCUAUUGAAGAUGUUUUACUGGAGUGGGAGCAAUGGUCUACGUGUGUCACGGAAGAUGAGAAGAAGUAAUGCACGUUAUCUCCAUGAAGAAAAGUGAAAGGAAACAGAAACUCCCCCGACAUUUCAAGCAAGUGUAGGAUGGGUCCAGAAGUUCAUGACCAGACAUGGGCUAGACUACAGAAUCCAGGGCCCCAGAGAAAUCUUUGUGAGACACUAGCUCGUUGGCUCGGCAGUCAAAUUGAGUGUAUAAAUUAUAGUCAACCGCCAUAACCACUGGCUCGUUGGCUCGGCAGUGAGGUAGCGGGGAAUAAAUUAUUCUAGAUAACAACGGCACCAUUUUAAGAUAUCUUUGUGAGCCACUGGCUCGUUGGCCCGGCAGUCAAAUUGAGUGUAUAAACAUAGUCAACCACAAUAACCACUGGCUUGUUGGCUUGGCAGUGAGGUAGCGGAGAGUACAUUAUUCUAGAUUACAACGGCACCAUUUUAAGAUAUCUUUGUGAACCGCUGGCUGGCAGUCACAUUGAGUAUAUAAACUAUAGUCAACAAUUACAGAGUAGGUACUCAACCAUUUUUUUUUUUGCAAUAUGAAAGCGCUUUACUUACAUGAUCCAAGAAUAUUUACCUAUUUACAAAAAAGAAAAUAUUUGUUUACAAAUAGGAUUUUUAUGUUUUCUCCUGGGAACAAUUUAUAGUUAAUUGUUUAGUUAUCAAGUGAUUACGUAACAGCAACAUACGGGUCCUAGAAGGGGUGCGCACUUUUAUUGUAUUGAUACCCCCCUAUGGGGUACUAUAUAUUUGCCAAAUGUACCUCGUGGACAUUCUUGCUGUGAGUCAAGCGGGAAAAAGGCGAAAGUUUUGGGCGGACACUACCAGGCCACCUUUUCCGACCUUGUUUGGUAGUGUUGUGCCCAACCCUUGGUGGAAACCCAGAAGUAAGGCCCACUAUUGACUUAAGCAAUGGAUCGCAUACAAGCUGAUGUAGCAGAGGCUGAGGCGAGAUUGGCCCUUACAACGAACGAAGCGGACAGAGAAAGACAGCUGGAAAUGGAAAGAAGAGAGAAAGAAGCGGUAAGUAACUUGUUGCGGACACAUUUGCGCUAAUGAGGUUGUUAGCAAUCCAGUCUAAGCUAAGCGAUUAUUUUCUGUCUGAUAGAACAGUUAGAGUAGAGUCAUCUUUCGAAGUGAGAUAUUAUGAGCCUAAUCGCACUAGGAGGACAAAGUUUGUCUGGCCGGGACAAACAGCCAACCAAAUUUUGUCAUGGCCGAUCGAUUGGCUUGUAAAUCGCAUUCGCACUAGAGGUCAAACGAAAAGCCUAACGCGACACAAACGUCAAUCAAAAUUAGAGUUGCAGAGUUCGUUUACGUUUGAUCACAAUGCUUCCUUGGAAUAUUUUUGCACAACUCAUCGUCUUACUGGUAGUAAAUUCAUUCUAUGAAUAUCAAAAACAACACGUUCUGCUCAAGACAAGCUGGGUGUUAAUUGAAAAACCUGUCAGAUUUGACGAUUGGCCUAGUUCCGGCAGCCUCAAGAUGUGUUCGCAUACCUGUCAACUCUCCCGCAUUAGGCGGGAGUCUCAAGAUUUUGGACCCCUUCUCCCGCUCUCCCAAACAAGAAAAAAAAAAUGUUCCUACCAGCUGCUAUUUAUACAAACAAAAUCCAAAUUCGUUCCCCUGUCUAUUUUAUUCAGUUGUAUUAAGCUAUGUGUAGGAUCGCCUUUUGAAUAUUUCACGCUAGUGAUGACUGAAAUAGAAACUUAGCCUAAAUGCUAAAUAGCGCAAAAAUCGCUCUAUAAACCCUAGCCCCAAAAUUGACGUUGUAGACGCAACGACACUAAUGGUCUUUCAUGGCUAGGGUGAGAUAAAAGGAUUAAAUGGAUGGGAUCCUGGUCACGAAAGACCAUUAGUGUUUAUGUUUCAACAACGUCGAUGGGGUCAUAUAGUACAUAACGCCGCUAUUAUCAUAAGCCCAUCAUAUUGCGCAAAAAUCGCUCUAUAAACCCUAGCCCCAAAUUUUACGCUCGCUCUAACGCUCUUAUCCAAGAAAAAUAUAUUACGAAAUUGGGCGUCACGCAAGUCAGUUAGCCGAGCGGUUUUUACGGCAUGACGUCAUAGGAGAAGCUCCCUGGCAGCAUUUGUAGAAGGUCGAUGCAUUUUAACUCGAUUUGUUUUCGGCACCAACAUCAGACCAAGAACAUGUAAGGAUUAAAAGUUAAAAUUGAAACUAUUUAUGAUUUGUGUCUACAUUUUAGGACCUACAACACCUCGUCGGUGCUGAAGGCGAAGGGGAAAUUAGAGUCCGUCUCCGUGGAAGGGACACCACCUUCCAAAGACGUUUCACUGCUUCGGAUACAAACGAGAUGAUAACAACAAAUUUAUUUAUAUCGAUUCCACAGUUAGUUAUGGAUUAGAAAUUUCAAUUAUGAAUUAAAUAAUUUGGACACGAGUUAUCAGAAUCAAUGAACUCAAUCAUUGCACGUGUAUCAUUUUUCAAAUUGAAAAAAGAUGUCUCCACAGCAUUCUGUCUCCACUGUACUGAUAUAGGGAGGGUAUUGUUCAACCACAAACUAAUUGCAAUUGUUUUAUCUGCAGCUCUUGUAUCAAGUGGCCAUUGUCAACUUUUAGCUUUGCUCCAAAAACGAAUCUUCAAUGGAUCCUGAUGUCCGAACGUUAUUAUGCAAUAUAGGGAAUACACCUUUGGAUGUGAUUUCCUGGCUACAGGCACGGGGAUUACUGGCAAGGGAAACGCUUUGCCCACAUCACGACCAGCCAAUUCCAAUGAUACUAACUCUGUGCCCUGGCAGGUCUGAUGGCUACAAAUGAAAAAAACCGACAUUCCAAUCUUGCUGGGGAAAAAUCAGAUAAAAGCCAUCAGGAGAAUGAUUUUUUCUGUGGUGUGCAAGGCAAUAGACAUCAAAGUGAUCUCAUCUGGUGAGCAUCAAGGCUACCAAGUUAGCUUAGCAUCAGCCGUCACACUAGCUGCGAGAAAGGCCAGGCUGCACAAACCAGAUUGCAAGUCGAUUGAAAUAAACAUCAAGCUUGAUGGGAGACCCUUUUGUGGUAAACAGCAGGUGAUAGUGUUGUACCAAUUGUGGCUCAUGCAUCAAGCCAGAGUGCUAAAAGUGUGUUACCAUUGGCUAUUGCUAAUUGUAAAGAGAGUAGCUAAGCGUUUCACUCUAUAUUAGUUGCAUAUAUACAUAGUUUGCACUUGAAGCUCCAAGUCUCCCAUGAGCUAUUCUAAAGCUCUAAAGUUAAGGGUUAAUUUAAUAUACACACACACUGUGUGAUUGAGGUUAGCUUUCUGUCUCUCCUCUCAAGGCAACCAGCUUGCUGGGCUACCAAGACUCACAUAAAUAAAACUUAGUUAUUAUUAAUUGUUUUUUUUUUCUUGCUUAAAUUCACAGGGACAAUGCAUUGGCAUGACUUGAAUAUUGAAAAGGAGAAAAUCAAGAGGCAAGGUCUUGUAGUUGAUGGAAGACACUUUCAGUGAAAUUCACAGGUACCACCAUUACACGAUUUUGCCUAUAUCGGCAAUUUACUAAGAGAAAUACUGAGUUAUACAGUGUUAGCAGUUAAUGCUAGUGACAUAUACGUUCAGACAGAUAAUAAUAGAAUGGAAAUUAUAAAAGGGGUAAAUGAACUGCUUUUAUUAACAGUUACCCUUGUCUACAAAGCACUUGUGAUGUUGCUGAGGAGAAAAGAUGGGUCUGAUGCUAAAUACAAUGAUUCCAUUUGUAACCGGGGGAUCAAUCAAGAAUGUUGUGUGUUUUGCAAAGUGAUCAGGGGCUGUGACUGUCCUGAUGUCUCAAGGGGAGAGUCCUGUUCUGCCUGUUUCUUAAAGAGCAAGGCAAAUAUUGGCAGCUGGAAAGUACUUAGAGAUGACUUAACAUUUCCACUUGAUGAGGAGCUUUCUCAUGUGAAUCUGUGUGCCCUGCACUGUGAAAUAAGGAACACAGAGCAGCUGCUUUCUUCACUUGGUCUCUUUGCAUUUGAAUGUGGCUCCUUAAAUGAGUGCAAUGCUGUUCUUUCUGAAUAUGGGCCAGACAGUAUGAAGGAAAGGGACAAGAUAACCGUCAAAGUCAAGCCAGGCCAAACAGACCGCAGAGUGGAAAAGCACAACAUUCAAGUCUCUUCAUUCUCAGGGUCAACUGAACGGAGGUUUUUACACAACAUCGAAGAUAUCAUUGUGAGGUCUCUUCCUCUUCCCAAAUUGAUGAACUUUAAAGCUAAGGAAGUUUCUACAGGCUACAUUUUGGAUCAGAUAACAUUUUGUGAAGAAAUGAUUCAGGUUUUUCAUAGAAGCAUCAUAUUAUACUUCUAUGGUAUCAAAGACAAAAGACGUGGAGAAUCUCUCUGCGCUCUACGACGAUGGCCUUGGCUGGUCAUUCCCCAACAUAACCAUCGUGAAACAGACCAUACAGCAGCUAGAGAGGGCGUGUCCGGGUGACGCUCGUUUUGGCUCUGAGGAGGAAGGUCAAGGGCUAUGCCAGGUUUGGUAUGCCACGACAGCCAAAUGGCUCACAUGGCUCGCGAGUGGGAAGCGGAAGUUGUGGGGUUGGCGUUAUACUGUCAGCAGAGGAAUUUCUGAAGUACACUUGUGUCGAUCGGCCAAAGCCAUCUUGGAGCUACGGUAGAAUGACUGCACAUAGGAAAUACAUCAUGCAUCUACUAUUAUCGGAUCAUUAAUCUUUUUUGUUAUAUAGUCUGGAUGACCCCCUUAUUCUCUAGAGAAAGUAUGUACAUACAUCACUAAAAUGUACAAAAAUAGAAAACGCAAAUAAAAGUUGUUUCUUAUUGUA